CUUCUUUCUACUUAAGCGCACAAUAGGACUUAUAUUCCCUUUAUUCCUCUUCUCCGUCUCUGCUUUUCUUGUUUUCGAGAUCUACGCUUUCUUCUUCUGUUUUUCUGAACUCCAUUUCGCAGGAACUCGAACCGUUUCAGAGAUUUUUCCAUGAAACAGCGAGCUAGAGCUCUGCUUGGACAUCAUUUGGUUAAAAUCUGACUGAUCUGUGCGAAGACUUCAUUAACGCUUAAGCGCUAAGUGCUAUGGAAGAUCAGAGUUGUGUUAUGGCUCCAUCAACUGAUACUCCAAACAAAGCUCCUGAAUCUCACAUUACUUCACAUCCUCCUCUGAACGAAAGGAUUCUUUCUUCAAUGACCAGGAGGUCUGUUGCUGCACAUCCAUGGCAUGAUCUUGAGAUUGGACCUGGAGCUCCCAUGAUUUUCAACUGUGUGGUUGAAAUUGGGAAAGGAAGCAAGGUGAAGUAUGAACUUGACAAGAAAACUGGACUGAUCAAGGUUGACCGUGUGCUUUAUUCAUCGGUCGUGUAUCCUCACAACUAUGGUUUUAUCCCUCGUACUCUCUGUGAAGACAAUGAUCCUUUGGAUGUCCUGAUCAUAAUGCAGGAACCUGUUCUCCCUGGAUGCUUUCUUCGCGCUAAAGCUAUUGGUCUUAUGCCUAUGAUUGAUCAGGGUGAGAAAGAUGACAAGAUAAUUGCUGUCUGUGCUGAUGAUCCUGAGUAUCGUGACUUCAAUGAUAUCAAGGAGCUUCCACCACAUCGUUUGGCUGAGAUUCGCCGUUUCUUUGAAGACUACAAGAAAAAUGAGAACAAGGAGGUUGCUGUUAAUGAGUUUCUGCCAGCCACUACUGCUUAUGAGGCAGUCCAGCACUCUAUGAAUCUCUAUGCAGACUACAUAGUGGAAAGCCUAAGGCGGUAAUUAUUUUAUGGAUUCAGUUAGUGGUCCUUAUAUACAAGACAUAAUAUAGCUAUAUAUAAAAGUCCUUUUCAUUGUUAGAUACUCAAUCUCCCUGUGCGCCAGUGUACGCACACGAUUUGCAAAAAGAAGUCCUUAUCAUACUCUAUGAACUCUCUGUUUGUUGAUCAUGACAAAUUAUGCAUGAUGAUGGCGAUAAUUUUGGAUGAUCCCAUGUAAGGACAAAUUGCCAUAAUCUUUUCAUCUGCCCUUUCCUCAUAAUUAUUUAGUUGUAUAGUGACAGUUCCAUUUGUUGGCAUGAUCCAGUCUGGGUAUACAUGUGUUUCCCGAACUGCUUUACAGCUUCCAUUACACAGAUUGUCAUUAU